CAAUUGCAUGGUACAUGCAUGCCUGCCAGGAACUUGUAUAAAUAGGGGGUGAAUGCUUUUGUUACAUCGCAUCGAUCUGCAUGCGAAGUCCUGCAGCCUCCGUAGCAGACACGUACAACGUACCGAGCAACCUUAGCUAGUGGCGCCUGAAAAUUAUUAAGCGCUUCAAGAUGGCAAAGCAUGGCGUUGCUUCCGUUUUAACACUGGCAUUGGUCCUUGGAGUUGCGGCCAUUCCUACAGUGGUGCAAUCUAUCGGCGUGUGCUACGGCGUGAUCGGGAACAACCUGCCGUCGCCGAGCGACGUCGUGCAGCUCUACAAGUCCAACGGCAUCGACUCCAUGCGCAUCUACUUCCCAAGAAGCGACAUCCUCCAGGCCCUCAGCGGCUCAAGCAUCGCCCUCACCAUGGACGUCGGCAACGAUCAGCUCGGCUCCCUCGCCUCCGACCCCUCCGCCGCCGCCGCCUUCGUCCAGAACAACAUCCAGGCGUUCCCGGGCGUCAACUUCCGCUACAUCACGGUCGGCAACGAGGUUUCCGGCGGCGACACGCAGAACAUCCUCCCGGCCAUGCAGAACAUGAACAGCGCCCUCUCCGCCGCCGGCCUCGGCAACAUCAAGGUGUCGACGUCGGUGUCCCAGGGCGUGACCGCCGGCUUCCCGCCGUCCGCCGGCACGUUCUCCGCCUCGCACAUGGGGCCCAUAGCUCAGUACCUGGCGAGCACCGGCGCGCCGCUGCUCGCCAACGUCUACCCCUACUUCGCCUACGUGGGCAACCAGGCCCAGAUCGACAUCAACUACGCGCUCUUCACGUCGCCGGGCACGGUGGUGCAGGACGGCGGCAACGCGUACCAGAACCUGUUCGACGCCAUCGUCGACACGUUCUACUCCGCGCUGGAGAGCGCCGGCGCCGGGAGCGUCCCGAUCGUGGUGUCGGAGAGCGGGUGGCCGUCGGCCGGCGGCACGGCGGCGAGCGCCGGCAACGCGCAGACGUACAACCAGAACCUGAUCAACCACGUCGGGCAGGGGACGCCCAAGAGGCCCGGGAGCAUCGAGACCUACAUUUUCGCCAUGUUCAACGAGAACCAGAAGGGAGGCGACGAGACGGAGAGGCACUUCGGCCUCUUCAACCCGGACCAGUCGCCGGCAUACUCCAUCAAUUUCUAAGAAGAUUGUUCUGAGAAGAGAUCGAUCGAUGAUGAAUUAAACGUCGAUCGAUAUAGAUAUAUACAUACACGCGUUCCAUAUAUAGUUUGGGUUUGAAUAAGCUUUCUGCCUGCAUAUUGCAAAGCUCAAUGCAUGCAUGUAACGGUGCAGAGACAAAUAAUAUGAACUUGAAUAAAGUUUACCAGACCUAUUUUCGCGUAGUA